UAUCACCAGAAUGACCUGUUCUCACUCUUUGCGAUAUGGUUUUUUUUAUUUCCGAGGAACCCAGGAAGUAAGUUUGCAGUUCCCCGGACUUCUUAGAAAAGUGGGAGAGUAAUUCAGUUAAUUUGAAAAAGUGGAAGAUAAGCAAUGGAGAGAAUAACUGAGAAACUUCUACUGGAGAAAGGCUCUCCAAAAGCCAAGAAGCUGGAGCAAAUCAAGACACUGAAUCUGUCUAGGAUGGGGUUGAAGCAUCAGGAUUUGCCAGUCCGGCUGCUGUCCCGUCUUCAGUCUUUGGAGCGAUGGGAUCUGUCAGGGAAUAAACUGCAGAAAUUACCCAAGAACUUGGAGCUGCCUGCACUUCGCUACCUGGACCUCAGCGACAACCAGAUGGAGGAUGUUACCACUCUGGAGUCACUAGGCAAACUAGAAGAGCUGAAGAUGGAGGACAACCUUUAUAUCACUGUGAGUGAUAAUUACAAACUGAUGGUGUUGUUGCCCAAUCUGAGGAUUUACAACGGUAAAGAUAUCAGUACUACUGCCAACCACGUGCGCUAUGUCUACACUGAAAAUCUGAGGACCAGGAUGAUUGCCCUUUGGGAGAAGAGCUUUUGUCUCCCGGAUCCCAUUACGGCACAGAAAAUAUCUACCUUGGAGACAAACUUUGUCAACACUGCCCGCCAACAAGUGAAGUUUGGACCCAGUUCAGUCAAUGACUUCACCAAAUGGAAGGUGGAGAUUCUGGCUAAGGAGUAUCUGCGCUCUCUUACAGAACCAAACAAAAGACUGGAGAGCAAUGAGUCCACUGAUGCAAAAGAGAACAGUGAAGCCUCGCCUUGCAAAAGAAAAUGUUCUACAUCAGAAACUGACAUCAACAUAAGGCUGACACCUCAUAAAAAGUUACGCUCUGAACUCCCAGCCUCCCCAGUUAAAGACAGUCCUCGCAAAUACAGCCUCCGCCUCAAACCUCAGUCACAAACCCAGACCGUCACCAUUAGGUCGAGCCUCCGCAAGACGGGUCAGACUCAGUCUACCCCCACCAGAGGACAGACGAGGGCGGGGACAGCCAGGAGGGCUUCUAACGUGUGGCAAACCAGCAACGGCAAUGCUCAGAUCAAGCAGAAGGACGAUGUCGGCAAAGAAGGUUUUAGAGUCACAGAAGUGAGAAGAGAUGCCAACAUACUGUCCACAAUAAAGAGCUGCAGCAAGACAGAGCCAGUGUGUCUGAAGCCUACCCAUGUGCUCCAGUGUCACAGUAAACAGGACAGCUCAGAGGACUUCUCCACCCAGCUCUGGGCCUGUGCUUUCCAGCCACCGCCGGGCUUCACUGGCAGUGGUGGAGGAAGCCGUUUGGUUGCAACCUGUGGUGGAGACACUGUCUGCAUAAUUGACUGUGAAACGGGGAUGGUAAUGAAGAAAUACAAGGUUCCUGGGGAGGAGUUUUACUCACUGGCCUGGUCCACGGUGUUGAUGUCCAUGGGAGGCAGGGCCUCUGCUCAACACUGCAGCAUCCUCGCAGCUGGUGGGAAGAGAGGACUGGUCAAACUGAUCCACCCCAGAAACAACAUCGCCUACGGGGAGUUCAGAGCCAGCCGCAAGCCGCUGUCUGUCCUCCGCUUCAACCACCACCAGGGAAACUUUCUUUUCACGGGAUCAUAUGAUAAAAAGAUAGUAAUGUGGGAUGUCGGAGGUGUGGACAGCCAGUACACCUUCAAAGUUGUUCAGCUGCUAGUAUUAGAGAUCAGCAAUACCCCUAUACACAUCUGUCUCCCCCCCACUUCUCCUUCCUCACACCUACUGGCUGCCUGUGAAGAAGGCCUGCACUGCUUCAACCCACAACCCGGUACUGACAAUGCCACAAAGAGGUCCAAAGACAUGGAGAUAACAUUCCCCAUAUAUAAGAAAGAAGAUGACUCUCACAACUACCACACCAUAGAUGGCCUGAGUUUUCUUACUGAUGACAUAGUGGCCUCCAAGAACCUCAUGCAUGGUUGCAUUUAUUUGUGGAGCUGGAGCAGGACCAAGGCACAGCGGCCUAACAAGAAGAGCAGGACAGUGUGUGCUGUGGUUCUGGCUGAGCUGCAAUGGGCCAACACUGAGAUCCCCUACCUGGCUCUGAACACCUGUCCUGGCCAAGCCUACAUAGUGUGUGGCGAUGACAAAGGCAGGCUAUGGACAUACCAUGUUACCACCCUCCAGGAAAACAGCUUACAGACUGGGAAACCCAUGUCACCCACUGAGGUGUUGGAGUGGCCAAACCCGGUCAGGAAGGGCCUCAGCCAGGUGGAGGGCCCCUCCAUCAACAGUGUAGCAAUGGACCCUGAGCUCCGUUACCUGGUGGCCCUCAGUGACAAGAACAUGGUGAUAGUGUGGAAGAGAGUGGAGUCCUCAUGAGCAAAACAGCAUGUGACUGUAAAGCAACUCCUGAAUCGGUGUCAGACUGAUCCCUAGAUUUUGUACUGGGGAAAAAACAUUUUAAGUGUACCAAAUUUUGGUAUUUGUGAGGUAAGAAGUCAAAUUGAAAAUGUGAUGGAACAUUAUCUCAUUCAUAUGCUAGAGUAAACAUACAAACAUGAUGUUUUCUGAUAACACCAACAUGGAUGCUGACUUAGCUAACAGACAGUUGUGAUCCUCUCUGAGAGCUGGACUGUUGCUCAUUUUCUUCAAUCUGUGUGGGGAAAGUGACUUUUAUGAUGAUGCAUCUACCAGCCAGAUAAGAUGCAGGUCUACAAUAUGUGUUCAUUUUCUAUAUAAAAACAUUUCAUGUGCAGGUCUGCAUAUAAUUUCAACUUCAUAACUGCUGAAUUUUAUAGUGAAAAGCUGGCAUUAAUGGUAUAAACUAGGGAGUAGGGAGAACUGUUAAUUGUUGCUGUGUGACAUCUUAUUUGUACUGUGUAUAUUUUUUACUUUUAUUAAUUAAAUUGUUAAAGAUCCCAGAAAGUUCACAAAAGAAACCAUGUUAGUUUCACAAAUUAUCUGUAGAUCAUUUGUAAUGAUGUAACUGAGUUUACUGGGUUACUCCAUUAAGGACACUCUUGUUUUAUCUCACAACGCAUUUAUUCCACCACUGCCAUGUCCA